AUGACCAGAAGCACAACUACGUGGUCAGAAUUUCCUGUUGUCGGUCGUCAGGCAGCUCCGGAGCAGCCGUUCGGGUUGCUGGUGUGGAUGCUCCGGAAGGCAGCGGCCAUCUCCCAGGCCCACUUAAAGGAGACCUCGGCAGAAACCUACAGUGGGGUGGGUUCCGAAGAGAUGAACAUUGAUCUCAUCCUUUGA